UUCAGCCGAUACUUGUCAGAAAGUCGUGGUUUUAAUCAAAAUAAAUAAUUAAUUAUCUUGAUUUAAAAUAAUUGAAGCCAAAUGUAAAUAAUUACGUCGCAAAUAUGCCACUGUGUAGUGUAAUAGGGUGCGGCAUAAGAAAAACACCAAAUCAGCCAUCUUUAACCAUACACAGGAUCCCAAGAAAUGAGCUUAAAAAGAAAAAGUGGCUAGAAGCAAUUAGAAUGGAAAAUAUUAAGACAAAUGUAAAAGAUAUUUAUAUUUGCUCGCUACAUUUUGAUGAUAAAUGUUUCAACAAAACUCUGGAUGUGACACGACUACGAGAUGAUGCUGUGCCCUUCAAAUUUCAACAUUCCAGCCAACAUAAAACUGGAAUAUUAAAAGAAAAUCAGUUGGAAACAAUUCCUGUUUCGGUCGCCACUACAGUUACUACACCUGUUCAUAGAACUUUAGAUGUUGGAAUUCCAAAACUCCCCAUGACGAUGACCGCCGCAUGUACUGCUUCUUGUGCUUCUGUCCCUGGCACCACAAGCGUGGAUAAUCUACCGGUACGUAUACUACAAAAUGACCUACCUUAUGGCAUCCUUUCAAUCGACCCACUAACCGCCAGUUAG